GGAUACUAUUUCCUCCCAUGCACUGAUCCGAGGCCCGGACACAACAAACUGAUCUGAGUUUGUUUCUGUGAUUUGUGUUAGAUUUCUGUACAGGUGUCCAUCUUCACAUUUAGUUUGUGACGACUUAGGAUCCAUUCAGAGUAGGUAGGGUUGUCCCCCUCAUCCAGUGCCUCAAUAUGGCCCUCUAAGCUGUAGUAAGGCCAUCCUUUAGCCACUGAGCUGUCUUAACUUAUUAACUUUUAGGCAGGUCAUGAAGCAUAAGACCAACCUAAAUACCCAGGCUGCUGCCAACACACCUUUUUCACAACAGCCCUUUUGACAUGAAAUAGUAAUGUAAUGUAAUAGUAAUGCAGGUGUUUCCAGUGAUACUGAGGGGCAGCAGCACAGUCUGUAGGGCCUUGGCUUGGGGACUGCCAGUUCACUGGGCACUGACGAGGUGUCCUUGAGCAAGGCACACCCCCAUCUGCUCUCAGGGCAGCGCUUUGUGAGGUUACCACCAUCCACCAUCUCUCUCCACAUUAGUGUAUGUGUGUGUGUGUGUGUGUGGUUGUAUUUUGGGUAAAAAUACAUGUAGAAAACUAUAUAAUUAUAUAUGUAUUUAUAUUCAUAUAUUUUCUACACUGUGGUGUCAUUACUUUUCCCAGAGUAAAGUAUCUGAGUACUUUUUCGACCCUACUGUCCCUGGUGACAAACACACAGUCCCGUCCCCCGCCUGUAGAGGGCGCCAGAGCACCGUGUAAUAAUCAGUCAGACAUUUAUUGAUUCCAGCAUUAAGGAAAUUAUGAUACACAAACUAAUUAACAAACUCGACACAGCUGUCCUGACGUCACGGUGAGAGAGACAUCUAUUAUAUGUUUCAUAAAAACCUGACUGACGUCACCGGGGUGUGUGUGGGACAAGCGGACGACGCCAGCCGAGACUAAAUUAGCGUAAUUAACAAUUAAUACUUCACCUGUUCACAUGAAAUAAUGUGUGCCGUUAAUAAACGGCGUGACAGUGACAUGUCGGCUCUGUUCGGGCUUAUAUUUUUGGCAGAGGAGAGUGUCGUCGUGAUUAAAAAACCUUCUGCGACACAAAACAUUAGAUAAACAUCAGCCUAACGUACAGAAACGCGUUUAAACCCGAGCAGCUCGUCAAAGUUCCAACUUAUUCAACUUGACUCCGGAGCUCCACUCGAAACUCUUCUCGUCACCCUCCCCGUCGACGUUUUACGUACGCAGCCGUGGCGUGCCUGCAAGCCAAAUAACAUGGAGUCCUCUGCCUGGCAUCUUCCAGGGAUCCAUGCAAAGAGCCCGAGCAGCGAUUAACACACGGCAAGUUAGUCCAUGGAAGCAGUCGAAGCCUGCGGCGAGCAUCGGCUCGGGGCGUAAAAGCUUCAGCAGCUCCGUCCUCAAACUAUGAGCAGCGGUGUUUAGACAGCCAGCGUUUCACUGCGACCCGCACACCAGGCCGACUCCAAGGCAGAGGAGACUGCACAAUGUAGGCAGGCUGGUCAACAGUGGGACUCCAUACUGUUCUCUGGGGGACCAUGGAGCCAGAAGGGCCACCUGUCACCCCAGGGACCAGCUAUGGGCCCCCACCCUUUAACUCAGCACAAAACCCCGUCACCUUCCUCAACAGCACCUUAAAGUCCUCAUGUUCUCCAAAUGUAGGAGACGGCCUGAUGUCAGCCAAAUGCUUGUGGGGCCAUGCUGGCGAUGAGGGCUCCAAGCAGGACGAGGGCUCUCAGCCCAGUACAGACCCGGGGAGGAGCGCACAGAGGAGAUUCAGGUCCUCAGCCUUUCCUUCCUCCCUAAGCUGGGACUCUGACUCUGAGAAAGAAACACUAGAUGAGGAGGAGCUACAGCACUUUUCUAACCCUCACGGUCUGGCUGCUCACAGCCCAGGAUCUCCUUCUUCUGGACUCAGACUUGAUAGUGAAGAUGACCAAGAACCUGGAAACCUGCAGCACUUGCAUAGCAAGACUGACUCGCCCACUCCUGUGGAAGGGCACAACAACAACAAUGAGAGCACAAAGACAGAGGAGCCAAAUACAUCUCAGCUUGGCCCAACAGAAUUGGCAGACAGCAAAGCCUGGAAUGUAUCUGAGGGAGCUGAGCUGUUUCUGGCCAAAGUAAAACCAAAGGAAGGUUGCCAAACGGAGGGGGAGGCGGACAAUACCGAGGGAGAGAAAAGGCCCAAGGGAAAAGAAGCGAAGGAGCCUGAGAGAGAUGUGUACAGCUUCCCUGGAGAUUCAGACCCAGAGAGUCCCCCUCCUGCCCCCUGGGCUCAUUGCACAUUCAUUCAGCGAUGCAGAAAGAAGAGGGUGCUGCUCAGGCCCUUCUCUGGACUUGCCACCUUGAAACGCACAUUGCCUGAGACUGGCAAGCAGGCAAGAGUGAGUCCUCAGAAAUCAAAAUCCACUGAGCCGACACAGCUGAGUCGUGGUGGUGGAGGGAUUUAUGAUUUCGAAGAAGUCAACUUUGGAGAGGGAGCUGUGGAAGAGCCGAUUAAGUUCAGAGACAGAGGAGGGAAGAGAGACAAAGAAGAAGAAAGUGAGGUGGUGCCAGGUAAUGAAAUCUUCACCUGUGUGGAAUGUAGCAUUUACUUCAAAAAGCAGGUCCACCUGCAGGAGCACAUAGUUGAGCACUGUCAGAGUGGUGCGGGUGGUGGCAGGCGUUUAGGAAAGGGUGGACGUUUUCGCUGUGUCGAGUGUGGAUGGAACCUGCCGAAUCGGCUCGCACUGGCAGACCACCACAAACGGCACCAGGAGUCCCGUCUAAAGAUCUUGGGGGAGAUUGAGAAACUGAAUGAAAAUGGGAAUGAAAGAGAGAUUCAGAAACUGGACAGUAAGGUGGUGAAGCAUAUAAAUCCAGACCCAGCUAUUAUGCAAGAUGCAAGCACAGCCUCGCAUCUAGGCAAAGAGUCAGACCCAGAAAUAGUCACAUCUCCACCUCUUUCUCCAGCCCCAAUUUCAACACCAGACGCAGACCCAGCAGUUCUUGACUCAGACGCAACCCCUCCGAAUUCAGUUCGAACUACAGCUCAGGCCCGAGCUGUUUCUGCCUACCGCCGCCGCUUUGUCUGCACCAAGUGUAACUUCAGCACAAGAACCUCCCAGGCACUUUCUAAUCAUACCAAGACCCACAACAGGAAAAAACCUGCUCUCCGCUCCCGCUCCCCAUCCCCUGGUUCAUCGUCAUGUUUGGCUUCCACCUCCCUGGCCUGUGGUCAUUGUGCCUUCCUGACCUCAAGUCAGACUGUAAUGAGGGAACACCAGAAACUCGUUCACCCAGGAAAGGUCUCCAUCAGUGGGGCGCAGGCUGAAGAGACUGGCCUGCAUUCAAGGUCUAAUGUGGGUGCUCGAAUUUCAAAACCCACCUUAGAUUCUGACCAUCUCUCUGAGGCUGGAUCUGGAUCCCUGCCUGAUGUAACUCAAGGCAAAGGCCAGCAAGGAGUGACUGCCUCAGAGGACAGCACAUUAUCAGACAGCACUGCAGCUCGACCCACAAGCCAGGCGGUUUACAAGUGUGUUGGGAACAGAAGAUUCAGCAGAAGAGGGAAGACUUGGACUGGUCUGGCCAAGUUUCAUCCCAGACUGGAUGAUGACAAGCUGCCCGGGAGUGAAGAAGAAGAAGAGCAGGAUGAAGAUCAGAGCACAGAGCAUGACACUGAGUGUUCUGAACAAGAGGCCAGCUCACCUGUAGGAGUGAAACCACACACCAGAGCACGAUCGAACACAGACGACGGUUUAGCACAGCUGAGAGCUGCAUCAUCUCUCCCUCGGAAGAAGAGUGUGAAGGACGAAGACAAGCUGGAGGUGGAGAAAGAUGGAAAGGUUUUCUUUUUGAGGCGGAGCAGCCGGGUUACUGCUGCUCCCGCAGAAAUUGACAGCGACGAUGACGACGACAUUGACGAGGAGCGCGUGCGACGUUUCCUGUCAGAGGGCAUCCUGGAUGAAGACAACGACGAGAUUGAUGAGGACGCAGAGGUGCUCAAGAGCGUGGAGAGGAAAUGCCCCUACUGCCCCGAUCGAUUUCAUAACGGCAUCGGGCUUGCCAAUCACGUGAGAGGCCACCUGAACCGAGUGGGCGUCAGCUACAAUGUGCGUCACUUCAUAUCCCCUGAGGAGGUCAACGCCAUUGAGAAGAAGUUUUCCUAUCAGAAGAAGAAGAAAAAAGUUGCCAACUUUGACCCGGACACGUUCAGCGUGAUGCACUGUGAGUUCUGUAGCGCUGGCUUUGACACCCGGGCCGGCUUGUCCAGCCACGCCCGGGCCCACCUGCGCGACUUUGGCAUCACUAACUGGGACGUCACCAUAUCACCGAUUCACAUCCUGAGGGAGUUGUUCUCCAGCAGGCCCGACCUUGUAAUCCCCACAGCUCCCCCACGGAGCCCCGGUUCCUCACAGGAGGAGGAUGAGGAGGAGGAAGAGGAGGAGAAGGAGAUAGAGGAGGAAGGGGAGGGAAUCAUUGAGGUAAAACUAGAAGGGGAGACAAGUGAAAGGACGCUGAGUGCUUCUGAUUCACAGCCUCCAGCAUCUUCUCAACACUGCAAGCAGGAGGACGGUGUAGAAGAGUGUGAAGGUGAGGAGGAGGAAGCAGCAGCUGAUGAUGAGGAGGAGCUGCAGCUGGACGGUCUGAACUCAAGCCCUGGGGAAACAGACGGCCUCUCUCCUGGGGAGGAUGCAGACUCCAAGGUCCACAACUUGAAGUGCGAGGUGUGCGGAGCUCAGUUUGAGACCAGGCGGGGUCUCUCCAGCCACGCCCGCUCUCACUUGCGCCAGCUGGGCAUCAGCGCCUCAGAGGGCAGCGGGGCACCCAUCGACCUCCUCUACCAGAUUGCCAAGGAGCGCAACGUAGACGGCCAAAUAAGCUCACUUCUUCUGGAGCCCCUCUCAGCCAAGAUCUCCUCCCCGUCUGCUCCUCAGAAAGAUGAGGAUUUAGAAGACAUGGACUUAGACGAGAAGCCCAUCCCUCUUUCCGUUCUGGCCAAAGCAGCGAAAGCAGUGCCACCGUCGUGCUCCUCCACGCCUACACCUUCUCCUGGUGCCUCUCCAGCUCUGCCUCAUUCUGGCUCCCCUUCCUCAGUAGUGAGGAAAGCCCCCAUUUCCUCUCUGCUGCCCGUGUCUUCCCCCUUGCGCUCCCCGGAGCACAAGGCUGGGGGAAUGAAGAGCUUGACCUCUAACCUCUCUGGUCCGGCUGCCAUCACAACCACCAAACCGCUCUGGGCGCCGCAGGAGAAUGACGCUCCUCUCAACCUCACUCUUGAGGUGGACCCCAACAAGGAUAUUGUUUGUCAGCUGUGUGGCGCCUGGUUUGAGACUCGGAAAGGCCUCUCCAGCCACGCACGAGCCCACCUGCGGCACUUUGGGGUGGAGUACUCCGAAUCCAAGGGCUCUCCCAUCGACCUCCUGAACCAGCUCAUCGAUACUGAUGACUUUAAGCACAAAGCCAGUGCACUGCAGCUCGACAGCCACGCUGAACCACGGGGCCUCACGAACACACUCUCCUCCCCAAAGCAGUCCCCCUUGCUGAGCCUCUCCUCCUCCUCGUCCUCCUCCUCCUCUUCUUCUCUCCUCUAUAAGGUGACCACAGCUGGGGGUGGGUCGACAUCCAAAGCUACCUCUUCCUCUGCUUCACCUCUGCUUGGCCCACCCGCCAAGCGUCUCAAGUCUUCUUCCAUGCGGGUCUUCCGCCUGAGUAGUGGGGAGCUCAUGGCCCUUCCACACAGUGAACCUCCAAAGGAAAUAGGCUGUGAGUUCUGUGGGGAGUAUUUUGAGAACCGUAAAGGCCUCUCCAGCCACGCACGCUCCCACCUGCGCCAGAUGGGCAUUACUGAGUGGUCUGUCAACGGCUCGCCCAUCGACACCCUGAGGGAGAUCAUCACAAGACGGGGCCUGCCUUGCGCUCUUCCCCUGAAACCUCUCAAAACUCCACCUCCGUCCUCUCCAGGUCCUCCUCGAUCACCACUGUCAACCUCCUCCUCUCCUUCAGCUACCCUCCUCAAUCGUUUGCCCUUUGCCUUUGCCCGCCCCUCCAGCCCUCCUCAGCCCGCGGUAUCUAAAUCCAGCUCAGCUCCACUGUCUACAACGUCUUCUAGCGGGCUCAUCCUCAAGCUGAAGCCCGAGCCAGUGCAGGUGGAGGUCACCACGCCCGGAGCUGCGGGGAGAUCUUCCGGCUUCUCUGGCGAAGCUCUCAACUGGAGCAGCUCUGACACCAUGGCUCAUGAAGUGGAGCCUACAAGAGAUAUUCGCUGUGAGUUCUGUGGGGAAUAUUUUGAGAACCGUAAAGGCCUCUCCAGCCAUGCCCGCUCCCACCUGCGCCAGAUGGGCAUUACCGAGUGGUCUGUCAAUGGCUCGCCCAUCGACACACUGAGGGAGGUAAUGCACAAGAGAGGUGUAGGAGCCUCCUCUCAGUCAGAGCAGGGAGUGAAGAAGGAGUCAAGCCAGGGAGCCAACAGUCCCCCAUGGGAGAACACUGGCGGUUCAGAGGGUUUGGGUGUUUCAGGCUAUCAGUCCUCCAAAUUCCGCAAAUCCCCCCUCAGUUUGCUGCAGUCAGGGUCGAGGAACCCCAAGCAAAGCCUGGGGUCCAUGGGCGCGUCUGCUACCCCACCUUCAGGGAAGUUCUUCAGGAUUUCUCCACUGGCAAAAAGACCUCUGUCUGAGGACGCCCAAUCAGCAGAGACCAGCCACUCACCGCCACGUCAGCUUAAGACUUUCUCACCUCUGCCACAUGAUUUCUCUUUCAAAAGGAAGCCCUCCCCAGACAAGCACGGACACCAGGAUCCCAGUUGUGAGCUGUGCGGCUUCUACUUUGAGAACCGUAAGGCUCUGGCCAGCCAUGCGCGAGCCCACCUGAGGCAGUUUGGUGUGACCGAGUGGUGUGUAAAUGGAUCUCCUAUCGAGACACUUAGCGCCUGGAUGCGCAGCAGGCCUCAGAAGGUGUUGGAGAUGCACCGUAGCUACAUGCAGGGAAGCCGCUCCACCCUUAAGAAGAAGAGCAGCUUACCUCUCUCUACGUCAGCGGAUUCUGAUCAUAUCCUCCCCAUCUCAUCGCAGAAGGCCUCCUCUUCCUCCUCCUCCUCCUCCUCCUCCUCCCAGUGGUCUUCGUCUUUGGCUGUAAGCCUGGUGCGACCACUGAGCCGCGAGGUCAGCCAGGGCUCUUCCAAGACCGCCGAUGGUGAAAGCGGUUCCAAUCUACUCACCACUCCUAUCAGGCCCGGGCGCGGCAGUCCCAGCCUCUCACGGCUCGCUGGCGACCUCCCACUUCAAGCACAGGUGGCACGCAGCGAGCUCAACGUCCGCCUGCCCAGAGGUUUCGAGCGUAGACCCUUGAAGCACCCGUCUUGCCCAGAUGGAGCAGAGAGGGACAGCGGCCCUCCUAAGCCCCCCCGCACAGGCACCGUCCCCGCCCUGGUGCCCAAACCACCCUCCUACCCACUGGUCAAACUGGUGGGCAAGUUCUACACCCUGAAGUGCCGGUUCUGCGAGGUGGAGUUUCACGGUCCGCUGUCGGUGCAGGAGGACUGGAUCAGACACCUCCAGCAGCACAUCCUCAAGAUGAACUACAACAAGCCUGCCGCUUCCAAAGCAGUCUCUGCCGAACCCCUCACCCCAGCUGAUGAACCAGCCCUGGUCCAGGCCUCUGCCCCAGCCUCCACCUCUACCUCUAGCACCACCUCCACCACACCCGCCCCCGCCUCCACCCUGACCCGCACCACAGCUCCCAGCAGCCGCUCCCCUACGCCUCCGGCCGAGUGUGCUCCACCUGUCACUGCCACAGAGAUAGUAAAGGUCUCAGAGGAGCAGCCUGCCCCAUCCCCCACUUCUGUUGCCCUCCCCACCCAGACAGCGUAAGGUCACAUCCAUUACUGUCAUGUGACCCUUUUGUCUCCUGCCUUUCUGAUUUCUUUAGUCCAUCUGUUUGUUUCCUUCGGCCUUCACAAAGUGUUGUUGAGGAGGAGUGUUCCCCCUCCAAAGAGCCCUCUGAGCACCUUUUUGAAGCAGCUUUUGAGACUGUUACUAAGUCCUGUUACCAUGGGAACGAAGCUCCCCUGGCUCUUCUGUGCACCGGGGAUGGAUGGUUGUGGGAAGCGUCCAAGGUUAUGAGGAGAGAUGAAGCGAUGUUUUGUGUUUUGCCUUGUUCAUACUGAACGUCCAUGUGAUGACGUGGACAGUUGCUGUACCUCUCCCCUUCACUGGGUGAUUUAGGGGUUAAUGUAGCCCUUUAGAAAACUUCACUACCCUCGUGUCUAGUCCAGUUUUGCCCCAUCACCUUCUGAACAGCACGUUACUUCGACCUGUGACCAUUUCUAUCAGCACGCUGGUAGCACUGGCCUCACCUGAAGGUCCUGGCUGAGAUUAAACGACUAAUCCUAAUCCUGCUAGUCUCGCGUUCGAGACUUCAAACAUGUGGUAACACUUAGUGUUAAAAGAGGCACUUUUAAUGUUGACAUAGUCACUGAGCACUUAACGAAACACCUUUCUGAUUGGGCAGAGAUUUGACAGAGACUAAUUCCGAUUGGUUAAAGGAGCAAGAAGUGGAAGCACACCCAAAAAGGGAAGAUCCCCUGAAGUUAACUUUCUAAUCAAAUACUGACCCCCAAAUAUACAUUUUGUUUGAAUGUAGCUUAAAGCACUUAUUAAUAUAAUAUAUGCACACAUUCAUACACAAUCAAACAUGUGCCCUAUGUUUCUAUAACGUUAAUGUUCCGACCCCACGGUCUGACAGGGCUGCCGCUCUGUCGAAGGCAGUCUCUUGAAUCUCCCUCUCUGGCUUGGAGAAGCGGGGCCAUAGAAAACCUUCAAGGUUACACAUUUCAACUUGUUCCAUUCACAGUGUUGCCAUUUCUCUUCCUGCCUUUUCUUAUUUAUUUAUUAUUAUGCAUCUGAAUGUGGUAAGCUAGGUCAUUUUAAAGCUAAAGUAGAACUUUGGAAUGUUUGCAAAUAGGUCAGCGAUGCACUUUUACACUGGUGCACAAUGUGUGUGUGUGUUUGUGUGUGAGUGGUAGUUUGUAUGUUCAUGUACAUACAUAGCAAAUGUGCAUUUGUUUCCCAUUUUAAAGAGACAGACAGAAGUCAAACUGCUUGAUAGGAAGACACCCACUCACCCGCUCAGAGGGGAUCCUGUCUGUACGUAGUCUGAUCAGGACUUUCAUGCAUCCAUCUUCGCGUUAGGAUGUGCCAAAGAGUCUGUUUACUUCCUUGUCUUGCCUCUGUAAAAGCUGUUUACAUUGGACCUGAUGGUGGAGGAAACUCUGCACAGCUAUCGAGUUCCACAAGGCUCCACACUGAACAAUGGACUGAACCAGCGGUGAUCUGCAUCCACUACACACACACACACACCGCUGAGUCCCCCCCCCCCCCCCCCCGACUCGGGCUCCUGGAGCGGCUUCAUGUUGUUACUGUAGGGUUAGAUUUUCCCAAUUAAACAUGAACACAAACCAAACUGCAGCUUCAGAACUGUCUGAACACAGAAACACGUCUGACCUCGGGCUCCUGAGGCUCCUGAAGUCUGUUUCUUUCUACACCGCUUCAGAGUGCGUUCACACCAACCCACGACUGAAGCAAUAACUAAAGGGUCCGCAUAGGCUGACGACCUUUUAAAAGUUUGUUCCGGUGUUGCCCAUGUUUGAAAGAUGACUGUUCAAUCCAAACAAUACCCAAACCCUUUUAUGGAGUAUAGAUACAUACUAUAUAACUACAUGUACUUAAGAAACUGUUGAUGCUAGUAGAGCUUUCAGCAGUUCUAUUAGCAAGGUAGUUAAAAAAAAAUAAGUGAUCUUAAUUCCUCUAUCGUGAUUUGAUUUAAACCUUUGAUGCUAUGUAUUUUUUAUUGCUCUGUGCAUUUCUGUAUUUGCAGUCCUGCAAGGUGAAUCUUAGAGUAUUUUUUAUUUGUAUCUGUUAGUCUCUCCAAGCUGAAACUUUGGUGCUGGUGAGAAUGUCGCAGGUCGAGAGCUGGCGAGUGACUGAACGCGAGGAAAACCAUUUUAGUGUGAUUGUCACGUCCUGGUAUCAGAGGACUCUAAUAAGCAGGCCUUAAAGGGGACCACUUUGCACGGUGAGAUGUGAUCCUCUCUCUGCAUUCACAGGGUAAUAGAUGCUGUAAGCCUGUUGCAGGUCUGCGGCUGCAUUACUGUGUAAGACGUGACUCAGAGGCCGGUGCAUUAGAGUCCCCUUUUAAAGAUUACCUAAGCCUCAGCUGGUGUAACUGGCUGUCUUUGUGUGUGUGUGAGCGUGUGUGUGUGUGUGUGUGUGUGUAUGUAUGUAUGUAUGUAUGUAUGUAUGUAUGUAUGUAUGUAUGUACAUACGUACAUAUGUGUGUAUGUGUGUAAAUGAGUGUAAAAAGACAGUGAGAUGACAAUGACGAUUAAGAAGAAAAAGAUGCAGUUGAGGAACGAACUGUACUGUACACAAAGGGUUAAGUUUUAAGUGAAUCAACUCCAAAACAAACAAUAAAUGUGAUUUCAAUUUCA